AUGCCACAGCAUCCUGACACAGCCUGCGUGCGGCGCUUUCCUUUCCUCUACGUCGACAUCACAACCGACAAGGGGAAGAUCUGGUGGAACCUUCGGAAAACCUGUUUCAAGAUCGUCGAGCACAACUGGUUCGAGACCUUUAUCAUCUUCAUGAUCCUGCUCAGUAGCGGAGCGCUGGCUUUUGAAGACGUCUACAUUGAGCAGCGGAAGGUGAUCCGCACGAUCCUGGAGUACGCUGACAAGGUCUUCUCCUUCGUGUUUGUCCUCGAGAUGCUACUCAAGUGGGUGGCCUAUGGUUUCAAGGUGUAUUUCACCAAUGCCUGGUGCUGGCUCGAUUUUCUCAUCGUGGAUGUAAGUUGCUGCUCGAGCAAUGGAGCAGGAAAGAGCAUCUCCAUGAUUUGGAGCUUUACAUUAGCAAUCAGCAGAUAUUUCUGCAGCAAAGGGAUAGCUCUGGGGCACGGGAAAU